UGGCUGGCCGCUUCCCCUGAGCGAACCUUUAGAACUCCGAGACACAAUAUUCUGUUACAUUGUAGCAAAAUGGCGACUGUCAUUCACAACCCCCUGAAAGCACUCGGGGACCAGUUCUACAAAGAAGCAAUUGAGCACUGUCGCAGCUACAACUCCCGGCUCUGUGCCGAGCGAAGCGUCCGCCUUCCCUUCCUGGAUUCGCAGACUGGGGUAGCUCAGAACAACUGCUACAUCUGGAUGGAGAAGAGGCACAGGGGACCAGGCCUGGCCCCAGGUCAGCUGUACACAUACCCAGCACGUUGCUGGCGCAAAAAGAGGCGUUUGCAUCCCCCUGAGGAUUCCAGGCUGAAGCUGCUGGAAAUUAAGCCUGAAGUUGAUCUGCCUCUGAAAAAAGAUGGGUUCACCUCAGAAAGUACAACCCUGGAAGCCUUGCUGCGUGGAGAGGGAAUAGAGAAAAAAACGGACACUAAAGAGGAAGACACUAUACAAGAAAUCCAGAGGGUUUUAGAAAAUGAUGAAAAUGCAGAUGAAGUGAACGAGGAAGAAGACUUGGAAGAAGAUAUUCCAAAACGAAAGAACAGGCCUAGAGGACGGCCAAAGACACCCACCUGGAAAAAAAUUUUCCAGAAAAAUGCUCGGGGAUCUGGAGGUGGCAGGAGACGGAAUGAUGCUGCCUCCCAGGAUGAUCAUGACAAACCCUAUGUUUGUGACAAUAGUUACAAACAAAAGCAUAACUCAAAAAUCUCCGACAAAGUCUGUGGCAAGCGUUAUAAGAACAGGCCUGGGCUGAGCUACCACUAUGCUCACACUCACCUUGCCAGCGAAGAGGGUGAUGAAGCCCGCGAGCAGGAGACCCGCUCUUCCCCUGUCCACCGAAAUGAAAACCACAAACCCCAGAAAGGACCAGAUGGGGUCAUCAUUCCCAAUAACUACUGUGACUUCUGCCUCGGAGGCUCCAAUAUGAACAAAAAAAGUGGCCGGCCUGAGGAACUUGUAUCAUGCUCAGACUGUGGGCGCUCUGUCAGCCUUGCCCUCGUGGAUUCCAGCAGCCUUCAAGCAAGACAUUUCAGAAGAAGUUCGAGAGAAGCCAGGAUGCUUUGACACUUCUUUCCUUUCCCUGAGUCUUCCGUACCUGAGUUCCAUCUGGCAGAGGAGCCUGGACUGUGGGAAGUUGGCUGCCAACUGUUGAGAGAAGUUCUGGGGAUGCCCUAAGCUGGUGCAAUACAAAGAAGUUUUUUGAAGUCUUGAUUUCACUUUCUUUUAAGUGUGUGUAUAAACCCAGGUCAGACUGGAAUUGAUCUACAGUAGAACUGACUGAAAAACAAACUGAAAAAGACAACUAUUUUAUUUAUUUCGAUAUUUAAGAAAGAAGUGCUGAAGUUGCACAGUAUUUUUGUUUGAAAUACAUUUUACUUCAAAUUUUAAAUGCAAUUUUGUGAAGACAUGAAAUUUUAAAAAGCACUUACUGUAAAAUAAAGACUGAAUAUUUACUUUAAGGAAAAAACUUUUUUUAAAUAAUGAAAAUAAAGGUCAACUCUGCUCUCUCUCUUACUUUAAAGAAGCCAUUCAUACAUGUGCUGGGUAUCUUUGUUUUUUGAAAAUUGGAUGUGGUAAGUGAAGAUUGUUCUGGUUUAUUUUCUCCUUAAUAAUGUUAUCCUGUUAGAUGCUUAAAAUUUACUUUGCUGUACUAUGUUAGGCACAAAUCUGAACAAAAACUGUUGGAGUAGCGAAGACCAGGCUCAGUGGUUGAAUUUUUUUGUUACCAGAUUUUGUGUCCAUUUCAAAGGACUGUCUUCUCCCAGUAGGAUUGAUGUGUCUCUUCUGCAUGGUAAAAGAUGUUUGCUCUUGAGAACUCUGUGAAAUACUUCUGCUGAAAUAUGGGUUUAAGAACUGAAAACAACUCUGUUCAUUUUUUAAUUAUUUUUUUGCUUUGGUAAUUCCACAGCUGAUUGUGAGUUGGUUGUAAGGGAAGUAUCUAAAUGUUAGGUGCUCUUGGCGUGGAUUUUGUUGUCAAGGACGAUGUAAUGUGUAGAAAACUUGCGUACUUCACUUUCUGAAGUGGUAGUGGACUUUGAAAGGCAUACAGGUGCAACCACAUGUUUGCAAUAAGCAACACAGGUUACUAUGCAGGAGAAAAAUACAAGUUCCCACAGCUGCAAUCCUAAGUUGUCCUGUGAGGCAGCAGGGAGGGAUGGUCACAUCCCAAGUUCUGAGUUGUUAGGCAUUUUCCCAGUGAAAAGGGUGUUCUUCCUUGUACAAGCACUGGAGGGUUUUGUUGGCUGCCAGAUCUGCUCGCAGUGAAUAGCACAGGUCUGUUCAUUGUCUUGGGUGAUGCAGUCUAGUAGGGAUGCAGGAUGACUUCGUGUCUAGGAGAAGAGUAUUGGACUUGGCUCUGUCUGGCACCCCUGUUACAGAGGAGAAACAAACUGAGGGCAAACCACACCAACAGUUACUGGGAUUGACUCUCAGGGUACAGGCAGAAAUAAAGUAGUUUUGUUAACGUGGCUUACGUUGGCUUUCAGAAUGAAAAAACUGUCUACAAAAAUGCAUGCUGACUAGGUGAAGCUGACAGAAAACCUGAUACUGUGCUGUAUUUCUUGCACACCUAGAACACAAACUCACCUCACUGAGAGGUUUCCAUGUGUCAGUAGCAGCAAACUUCUACUCUUCUCCCUCUCCCUUCUCCCACUUCUUCCCAGAUUAAAGCAUAAAGUCAAAAAUGACCAUGUAAGGUAGUCAUGCUCCAAGUAAAUUAAAUGAAAAUUUGUGUCCUAAUUGGGCUCUUUAGCAGGAUGGGUUUGGUUUCUUCGUGUUGUUGGUUUCUAAACUUGCAGUGGGGAAUUGCCUGUAGAGGGAAAAAAAAAAAAAUUAAUUUCAUCAAAAUAUGAGACGCACAACUGUAAUGAAGAUUUGAAAACUGUAGGGUGUGUGUUCAGUUUGUGUAAUAUUCCUUCCAAAUAAAAGUUUUGCUUCCAGCGUCCCUACUGUAUAUUCCUCUGUAAAUAUUACUUUCCCAAAGCAAUUCCAAAAAGUCUUUUUUAGUGCAAAUAUCUUCUUUUAAAAAGACAUUGUUGAGUAACAUAUAUGUACAUUUACUUUUCUAAGCUCUCCAUUGUUUAUAAUACUCUCUUUGAAGCUUAAAAUAAAACUUCCUCCUCUAUUGAUUUUGUUUCCC